CCUAGAGAUCAGCACACAAGCCAAAAAUCAACAUGAAGUUCCUGAUUGUCUUCGUCGCCCUCUUCGCCGUCGUUCUGGCCGCUCCUGGAGCUCCGGAAGCCGUCAUCGAGAACUUGGAGUCCGAAGUUGGUCCUGAGAGCUUCCAAUUCAACUUCAAGACCAGCGAUGGCGUGGCGGCCCAAGAAGAGGGUGUUCUGCAAAAUGUUGGAUCCGACCACGAGUCCCUCGCCGUCAAGGGUUCCUACUCCUACGUGGGUCCUGAUGGCGUGACCUACGUCGUUACCUACAUCGCCGACGAGAACGGAUUCCAGCCCCAGGGUGCCCAUCUGCCCGUUGCCUAA